UCCCGUGCACUAGACUGGACUUUUCUCCUCGUCGCCGGUGGCCAGCAUGUCGAUCCCCGGCAACGGCCACCUCCCAGCCUCCGCCUCCCUUCCCGACCACUCCUCCGCCUCGGACUCCGAUGCGGAGCCGGAAGCCAACUACAGCCCAAUCGCCGGCGCCGCCUCAGACUCCGAAUCGGACACCGACAUGCCCCACUACCGCCUCGACGAGGCCAGCAACGGCAUCUCCGCCCUGGAUCUCGCCUCCGACGAGGACGAGGAGGCGGCCGAAGAGGAAGAAGAGCGGGAGGAGGGUGACGUGACGGCGGGGGAGGCGGCGGCGCGGGCGUUCUCGGAGGACGAGCGCCGUCGCCACGCUCCGCUGCCCGAGGGCGCCGCGGCGCGGAUCGUGGACGCGAUGCGCGGGGUGGAGUUUCCCGGCGCGCCGCCGGCGUGGGCGGGCAGCGUCCCCGAGGACCAGUGGGUCGACCGCCUCCGCUCCCUCCGCGCCGGCCGCCCCAACUGAUCCGAACAGAAGAGAAGGGGGCUUAUUUGGCUUCUGAGUUGAUACAGCACCGUACAAAAUUUGUGCGAUCUUUCGAUCUGGUUUGCGUUUGGCGGACCAUUCAUCUCUUACUUCUAGUUUUGCUGUUGUAUUGUAAUUGUGACUGAAGUGCAAAUGAUUCGCGGUAAGAUUUGUGGGUAGUUGGAACUGCGAUCUUGGUGCAGAUUUCGGACCACUUGUAUGCAAGUUCAGACAAGUAUCUUGCUGAUUAGGAUUCGUUUGCAAAUGACUGGGGUUAACCGGUUAAGAUUUGGGUGUUGUUACUGUUCUAUGAAGUGAUCCUUUUGUUUUCCUUCGGGAAGAUCCUAGAAUAAAGUGAUUGUAAUCUUCUUUCCGCUGAGUGUGCCUGUAACUUCGAUAGCUGAGAUACGUGCGGCUACAGCAGGUUCAGACAAGCAUUUACUGUA